AUGGACGAGCAACAAUCGCUGGAUGCCGGUGGCAGAGUCAAGAGGAAGCAGUCCGGCAACAAGAGCAAGACACUGCCCUGUCCGCACUGCCAGCGACUCUUCGCCCGCCUGGAACACCUCCAAAGACACAUCCGCACCCACACGAAAGAGAAGCCGUUUGUUUGUGACAUCUGUACCAAGUCCUUCGCCCGCAGCGACCUGCUUGUCCGCCACGAGAGACUCGUCCAUCCGGGUGACGAGGACCAUCACACCACAAGAAAAUCCCAUAAACACCACAUUCAAAACCACAAUGCUACCAAGUCGCUACACCCACAUCCGGGCUCGUCCGUGUCCUCAGAUCCGAUGGACAUUGCACCGCAGCCGGCUCAGCCCUUGCUAUCCCCAGAAGCGCCACACCAGGGGAGAGGGAUGAUGGACAUGCUCGACCCUCAACUCAUGCAACCGACCAACGGCAUGCACUCGAUGGAGGGAAUGCCAUCGCACCAGCCGUCCGUCCUAGGCGCUCCGCCGCUUGAUCCGUCCUGGGGAUACGAUCUGAAUCUGCUGUCGCAUGCUGCCAGCCACGUCGCUUCCAGUGGCCAGGAUCACUACAUGUCAGACCUGCCGCAGGCGACACAAGAACAGCUCAGUGAGCCAUUACAGUCGAUGAUACCCGCCGUGUCGGAAGGACAAUAUCAACCUCGCAUGCUUUCAGACGGCUACGCCCAACCACCGCCUCUAUUCGACCCGCCCGACCUCGGCGAUCCCAUGCAAGAUUUUACCGUCUUCCUCGACUCCGUAGGACUGUCGUCUGAAUGGUAUGCCAAUAUGUUUGGCCAUGACCAGGUGGACAACUAUCAUUCACCAGAGUUGAGGAGCGAUCACCUCAACAUCUCAAGACCUCAUUUGAACGGUGAGCAUUCCAUCGACAGCAAGCUUGGUGUGCCACAAGAAGACACCAGCAGUUUUUCCCGAUUCGGUUCGAGAUUGCCUUCCCUCCAGCCCGAGUCUAGAGAGCCUGACUUCCAUCGGCCAGAACCCCGAAGCUCGAUCGAAGAGGCAGAGGCCAUCAAGGUCCGGACCACUUGGGACGUCUCAGACUCCGACAGGUCGACAUUUGUCGCCAAAUUGGCAGCAUUUGACAGUGUCAUGCCGAAAGGGUUUAUUCCUCCAUCGAGACAUUCGCUUUCUCGCUAUCUGGCCGGCUAUGUCAACGGCUUUCACGAACACCUCCCUUUCAUCCACGUACCCACUCUACAAGUUGCAGCAAGCGCCCCUGAACUGAUCAUCGCACUGGCUGCUGUCGGGGCACAGUAUCGGUUCGAGAACAGCCGAGGGAUAGAACUUUUUUAUGCAGCCAAAGCCGUAGUGAUGGAACAGAUACGACGCCGUGACGAGUCGACAACUUCUCAGUCGUGGAACAGGCCUAGGACAGGAUCGAUGGCUCAAUCGCCAAGUGGAGGAUUCGCCGGUCAGAGUCAUACAAGCAGUCCAUUCCAACAUAUCUCACCGGAACUGGCCGUUGCCCCGGAUGGCAAAGAGCAGAUGGAUUCUAUCCAAGCGCUUCUGCUCCUAACGGCAUUUGCAACCUGGGAGCGGCAUACCGAGUUGCUUCGUGAAGCCCUAGCAUUCCAGAGCAUACUAGCCCGCCUCGUACGCGAGGCAGGUCUCACUAGUCCUGAGAUCAUGCAGUCUCCAGACGAACUCACCUGGGAAGAUUGGAUCAGGAUUGAAGGAGACAAGCGGACGAAGUUGAUCGUCUAUUGCUUCUUCAACCUUCACUCGAUCACGUGGAAUGUCCCUCCUCUCAUCCUGAACUCGGAGAUCAAACUGAACCUACCCGACCCGGCCAAUGAAUGGAAAGCCACCACGGCAGAGCAGUGGAAGAAACUGCAUCAGGCCAAUGCCUCGCCGCAAAUGCCCUUCCAAACCGCCUUUCUUCGCCUCUUCAACAAACAGAACCAAGCGGCAGCGACCCCCAUCUCGCCGUUGGGCAACUACAUCCUCAUUCAUGCCAUCAUCCAGCAGAUCUUUUUCGCCCGACAGCUAUCCCUCGCGUGGCCUGGCGUGGCCGGAUCAAGUUUGCGGAUGGAAGACAUUUCAGUGCUCGAUGGCGGUCUCAACGCCUGGAAGGCUGGGUGGAAACGAACGCCCGAAUCAAGUCUCGACCCGCAGAAUCCUAAUGGGCCGGUGGCUUUUACCUCAACGGCUCUCCUGGGGCUGGCCUAUAUCCGCUUGCACGUCGACAUGGGCCCUCUCCGCCAUCUCGAGACUCGAAAUCCUUUACAGAUUGCCCGAUCCCUGCUCAAUACUCCGGACCUCCGGCGCGAUCCGCGCUUGACGCCGGCUCUCCUACAUUCCGCGCACGCUCUCUCCAUACCCGUGCGACUAGGCAUCGAUUUUGUGGCCCGCACGCAAACGUUCUUCUGGUCGAUCCAGCACUCACUGUGCAGCCUGGAAUGCGCGUUCUUGCUGAGCAAAUGGUUGGCGGUGCUGUCUCGACUGAAAACCGAAGGCGGGCCCCCUGUGACCGAACACGAACGAAAACUAAUCCUCUGGGUACGUAGCCUCCUGGACGAGACGGAGAUGACGGUGCCACUGAACAGCAAUCCCAACGACCACACGGUGCUCAACGAGAGCCGAGAGUUGUUGGACGACACGCGCAAGAUCCGGGCGUUAAGUGUGGCCGUGGUCCGAGUCUGGAGCAAGACCUUCAAAGGCAACACCAGCUGGGCCAUUGUCGAUAUGAUCGGUACCGCGUUGGAACUGUAUGCCGACAUGCUGGAGCAGGACAUGUUUGCCCAGAAUUGA